AUGGCAGCAGUGACGAAACAUUUGAGCUUCGCAAUCACCGCUUCGACGUCAUUCGAGCCUCCAUUUCUACUUGCCAAACGCUUCAGUACCCUCGAUCAUAUGACGGGAGGCCGCUUUGGCUGGAAUAUUGUAACAUCAUGGAAGAAAGCCGCGUUCAAGGCCAUUGGAAUUGACACGCCCAUCGAACGUGACGAACGAUACGCGCAAGCUGACGAAUACUUGCGCGUGCUGUACAAACUCUGGGAAGGAUCCUGGUCCGACGAUGCGAUUACUCAGAACGCCCCAGCAGAUGAAUACAUCGACCCCGCCAGAAUCCGCACAAUCAAACACACAGGAAAGUACUACAAUCUCGAAUCUCGCCACAUUGUCGAUCCAUCACCCCAACGGACGCCAUUUCUCUUUCAAGCCGGUACUUCAUCUGCAGGCUCAGAGUUCGCCGCCACGCACGCAGAAGCAAUCUUCGUGUCAUCGCACUCUCCAACCGUUCUAGCGCCCAAAGUCAAAAAGAUCCGCGAACUAGCUGAACAACAAGGUAGAGAUCCCGCUAGUAUCAAGUUUUUUGCGACAUUUACUCCCAUCCUUGGGAAGACGGACGAAGAAGCGCAGGAAAAGUAUAUCGAGCUGAAGAAGUAUGCUAGUGAGAUUGGCGGGCUGGUGCUCACGAGUGGCUGGACGGGAAUUGAUUUGAGCAAGUAUCCGCCCGAUCAUGUGUUGAGCGCAGAAGAUACGACGACGGAUCAUAGGGUGAGAAGCUUGUUGGAUCAAUUUACUGUCACAUCGCCGGAAGUACCGCAAUGGACACCGAAAGUGAUAGCGGAGAAGGCGUCGAUAGGUGGUCUUGGACCCGUGAGUGUUGGGUCGCCGGCUACGGUCGCAGACGAAUUGGAGCGAUGGGUGGGGGAAGCUGAUGUCGAUGGCUUUAACAUUGGGUAUGUGACUACUCCAGGGAGUUUUGAGGAUGUGGUUGAUUUAUUGGUGCCUGAAUUGAGGAAAAGAGGAAUAUAUUCGGAGAUUCCGAAGGAAGAGUCGGACGAAGAAUGGACGGCAAGAGAGAAGGUGUAUGGCAAGGGGCAGAAGGGAUUAAGAGAUGAUCAUGAAGGAUCGAGGUAUAGAUAUGAUGUUUACGAGGAGACUGAGAAGGAAGAGAAGAAAGCCAACGGAAAGCAUGAUGCUGAGCACAGCGAGACUGAGGAGGAAAGGCCCUCGAAGAAGCAAAAGAAGCAGUAG